AGUAUGUGUCCUUUAGAUUUUAUUUGCGUGUAUUAACUGACUCGUAGGCACGAAUAAUUACUAAUGGCAGAUGAUAUUUGAAGUAAUCUGAAUUGUUCCUCGGAUUUGAAGCGCUGACGCUACUGGCGGCUCCAUUCUUAAAGAGUCAGGCUUCAACGAACGAGAAUGAAAUGAAGUCUCGCGAGAACUGAGGGCUACGUGGGCUCGGGCUGUCAGGGUUGUGCCUGUGGAAAAGUUUUCCGAAUGGCUUUUGUGUUAGGAGACGGCAUAGAGAAACUCUGAAUAUGAGUGAUGAUAAACCGUUCCUCUGCACUGCACCUGGCUGUGGUCAGCGAUUUACAAAUGAAGACCAUUUGGCAGUCCAUAAGCAUAAGCAUGAGAUGACACUCAGGUUUGGUCCAGCACGCAGUGACAGUGUCAUCAUCGCUGACCAAACACCGACACCCACACGCUUUUUGAAGAACUGUGAGGAGGUCGGACUGUUCAACGAACUUGCUAGUCCCUUUGAACAUGACUUCAAGAAGGCGACGGAGGAGGAUAUUAAAAAGUUACCUUUGGACUUGUCACCUCUUGCGACUCCUAUUGUACGAAACAAAACUGAGGAGCACUCAUCUCUGGAAUCACACCGAGACAGCCCUCUGCCCCAUCCCGAAUCUACAACCAGUGAUGACAAGGAGGUUUCUUUGCAGCUGACCUCACUGCCUACGUCCACUAUAGUUCGUCCUGCCUCCCUCCAAGUCCCCAAUGUGCUUCUGGCCAGUACUGAAGCUAGUGUUGUUAUUCAGCAAGCCCUUCCAUCUCCAACAUCUAGUUCUGUUAUAACUCAAGUCCCAUCCUCUAAUAGGCCAAUAGUCCCUGUGUCUGGCACAUUCCCAGUGAUUCUGCAGCUGCCAAAUGGACAGACCAUGCCCGUCGCCAUCCCAGCCACCAUCGCCAGCUCCAGCGUCCACAUCCCCACUGCCAUACCUCUGGUAAGACCAGUCACCGUAGUGCCUAAUGUUCCCGGGAUUCCCGGCCCCUGCUCCCCACAACCCGUCCAAUCAGAAGCAAAGAUGAAGCUGAAGGCAGCUCUUAGUCAACAGCUUCCUCAGGUAACCAACGGAGAUGCCGAGCAAAACCGGGCCGCCAGCCAGACUCCGCCCCCAGUCCCUCCACCAGUCGAACCACCAGCUGAGGAGACGCGUCCACAAUCACUACAACAGCCAGCAACGUCAACCACAGAAACCCCUGCGUCACCAGCCCCACCCGCUCAACACACGCCCAGUACAGGUGGGAGGCGGCGCCGGUCAACUAACGAAGACCCUGAUGAGAAGAGACGGAAGUUUCUGGAGAGAAACAGAGCAGCGGCCUCGCGCUGCAGACAGAAGAGGAAAGUGUGGGUGCAGAGUCUGGAGAAAAAAGCGGAAGACCUGAGCUCUAUGAACGGGCAGCUACAGAAUGAGGUGACUCUGUUACGAAACGAGGUGGCCCAGCUGAAACAGCUCCUGCUUGCUCAUAAGGACUGCCCUGUGACACUCAUGCAGAAGAAAUCUGGCUACAAUCUGCUUGAUAAAGAGGACAGUAGCGAGGAGAUGUCCGUCCCCAGCAGCCCUCAUAACGAGGCCAUCCAACACAGUUCUGUCAGCACAUCCAAUGGCGUGAGCUCCUCUACGGCAUCCGGGUCCACCACCGGCCCAACCACAGACCAGAGCACAGAAGGGGAGGAGUCGAACACGGCCCCGGCCACUUGCACCCAGCCCAAUAAGAGCUGAUCAGGAUUCUCUGUGAUUACUUUUAUUCCUGGCAGCCAUGUUGAUGUGAGGUGGGAACAGAUCCCUCACUGUUCUUAAGUCUGGAGAACACUAAUCAUCAAGUGGAUUCCAUUUACCAUCAGUUUUCUCCCUUUUUAACAGAAUGUAGUAAAGACGCAAGGGAUGGCACUUUACCAACCGUGAUUAAGGUUGUACUGAUUGUCUGGAAAAAAAAUUGCCUCCUUCUCUUUAGAAUCCAUGUUUAUUUAUUACAUGUACAAGAACAUGUCAUGUGGUGUUGGAACAUCAUGAGUCAUGUGACUGACUUGGUGUAUUUUAUAUACGAGUCAAGUGGCAAAGUGUGUCAUGGCUCAUUGUAAGUGGAUAUUGAUUUUCUUCAGAACUUCUGUAGGUCUACAGAGAUAUGGAGCAGCCAUGUUUAUUUUCAUUAUACCAUUUCAAUUUUGCACAUGAGAGACAGGUGUUUGUUGUUUUUUUUUUUUGUUUUUUUUUUAUACUCGCAUUGUUUCCACUCUUUAACGGUUCAAAGUGCAGUUUAAACAAGUUAUUUUUUGUUGUUGUUGUACUUUGUGAAUAAGUUGUUGACUACGUCUUCAGGUGGUUUGAUGUGAGCAGAAUGUUUUAAGUAAUCUUAGGCUUCUAAAAGCAAGUCUUAAGGAUAUUUGAUUAAAAUCAGGUCUUUUAAGAGCAAAAGCUUUGAUCAACAUUCCAUGAGUAGUUUGUUCCAGUCGGGUAACUGUAGGACUAUAGCGCAUACUUCACCACAGAGUCUUUGAUGUUGAUUUAAGAAGAAAAAUGUAUUAGAUAUAGAUAUUGAUUUGCAAAUGAUGAACGCAGGUCGACGGGUGGAUUAAAGUAGAUUGUGUUCAGGGAUCACGGAGGCUUUCAUGUACAUAAUGUGGACUGAGUGGGAGGCAGAAAGGCUUUUUUACGAGCAUUCUUUGCCACUUGCUGACAGAAAGGCGGAUCCUGAAUCCAUGGUGUUCUACUUUUUAAAACACUGUUCGAUGAAAAAAAAAAUGUUUUUCUUUCUAUUAUUAAUUCACUACAGUCGAUUGUCAAAAGACUGCGAUUUUAGGAAACACUGUAAAAUUUCAUUAAUGAUUCCGAUUACAUUGUAUAAGAUCUGAAGACAUUUUUGUGCAUUGUUUGUUAGUCUUUAAGCCCUUUAUUUGCUUAAGAAUAGUGAAAAGAAAAGGGGGGGGAAAAAAAGAUCUUUUAAAACACUUUCCACACUUGACUUGUGGAGUACUUUAUUCCCCCCCAAAAACAAUAAGUAACAAAUCAAUAAUACUAAUGAUAAUUUAAGAUCUUUUUGAACUGAUAAUAUUAUAAUCAGGAGGUUCUUUUCCAAAAGUAAGGAAAAUGAUCAUGUACUUUAUUUAAGUGAAAUUAUUUAAUUACAGUUGAGCUUGGUGAUAAUUAGAGUAAGAGUAACUCGUCAAUUAGGCUCAAAUUGCCUUAUUUCUUAAAAUGUAUUGGCUUACUACUGUGUAGUUUCAUUGCUGCAUUAUUUAUUUUUGCUUUUCUACAUGUCAUCUAUUUAAGAACGAUUUUGAUUUACAGGUAAACUAGUACGGUCACUGUUAUGUGCUUACUUGCAUGAAGGACUGAUUCUCUGCGAGAAUUAGACUGGUAUUUUAAUCAUAUUUUGGUUGGAUUAUUGCUGUAGAAUGUUCAACUUUGAUUCUCAGUCAGAAGGUGAAAGGGUUUAUUUUCUGCUGUUUGUUCAACUUUGGCCAUGCUGCAGAAAAACGGAUGUUAUUAUUAUUGUGUUGGCAGUAAACUUGUAAUUUUGUGAAAGUUAUGUAUAAAGUAACAUAAAUUAAUACAAUGUUGUAAUAAAUCUUUUAAUAUCUCUUUA